AUGGUUUGGGGAGCGCCACUUGGGACUGUGGAGGUACUCUAUCUCGAUAACAACUACAUCGAUAAAAUCUCGAACCUCGAGUGUCUUCCGAAUCUCAUGUGGCUUGAUCUAUCCUUCAAUCAAAUCACCAAGAUCGAAGGUCUUGAAAAGUUGCCCAAAUUGCAAGACUUGUCACUCUUCAACAACCUCAUCACGGAGAUCAGCGGUUUAGACGGCUGCCCGGAGCUUACUGUCCUCUCCCUUGGACGUAACCGUAUUCGAGAUCUGCGCCAUGUCGAGUAUUUGCGAAGAUUCAAGAAGCUGCGCUGCUUGUGUUUAGCUGGGAACCCUAUUUGCGACUCCAUUAGCUAUCGACAGCAUAUCUAUGCGUAUCUUGGACAACCUGGUCGCCUCAAGUACCUAGACUAUAUGCUAAUUGACCACACUGAGGCACAGACAGCAGCCGAGACCUAUCAUGUUGAUGAUCUUGCGGAACUGAAAGAGAGAGAGGUAGUUUUGGAUCGCAAGUACGAAGAAGAAGAGCGCAAAGUAACUUGUUGA